UUAAUUGUCGGUAACGGCCUUGGAACGAUGGAAAUACUAAUUGGUUUGAUUACCCGUUACUGAAAAAAAGCCGUUAAUUUUAUCACCGUUAUUCCCAUCACUGAAUAUGACAUGCUGAAUUCAUGUUUAUAUAUUGUGUUAUUGCUUUGUGUGUGCUAUAUGGUGACAGUGCUCAUGUUUUAAACACAAUUCUUAUUGUAUCUUCUCAGCUGCUGUAAUGUGUGAAUUUCCUGCUGAAGGAUCCAUAAAGACAGCAGCUGCUGAUCCUGCCGUUGGUCAGUUGGUGGCGCUGAUGGAGCAAAGAAGGUUUAUUAUUAAGCAGCAUUGAACAUCCACAGAAGAAGAGGAGGAGGCUAGCCUCUGUCUUCUAUCACGUCCUCAGUGGAGAGUUAAAUGCCCGUGACUGCAGCAGCGGCAUCAUUGAGCAGAAAUCUACAGGAGAGCAGCGAUGUCUGGACGAGGCAAAGGAGGAAAAGGACUCGGUAAAGGAGGCGCUAAGCGUCACCGUAAAGUUCUCCGGGAUAACAUCCAGGGAAUCACCAAGCCCGCUAUCCGCCGUCUGGCUCGCCGUGGUGGAGUCAAACGUAUUUCCGGUCUGAUCUACGAGGAGACCCGCGGUGUGUUGAAGGUGUUCUUGGAGAACGUCAUCCGUGAUGCCGUCACCUACACCGAGCACGCCAAGAGGAAGACGGUGACCGCCAUGGAUGUGGUGUACGCUCUGAAGAGGCAGGGCCGCACUCUGUACGGCUUCGGAGGUUAAAGUCAGCGAUGAUGUAGCAAAACAAAGGUCCUUUUCAGGGCCACACAUCUCCUCUACAGAGCAGCAUCCUGAUGCUCCUUAAUCACUCAAUAUUGACUUUUAAAAACUGAUCUGCUCAUAUAAAUGCUCCUAGUCAUACAUCGAAUACAUUUCUCUGCAAUUUACAUUCAAGUGGGUGUCCUGUGGCAGUUACAGCAGCUCUCAUGUCACUCCCUGUUUAUAGUGACUUUGAUUUUCUGUAGUGGUUUUUCCUGUACAUGUCCAUUCCUUGGUGUGAAGCUGGUCAGACUGCUCUUGUGUCUUUUGUUUCUUGAACUUUAAAAUGUGAAAGCUGAGAGAUUGUUGCUGGACAAAAUCAGGUCUGAUGACAUAUGAACUGAGGAUCCUACAGAAAGACCAGGGAGUGAAAGGCCAACUAUAGUAAGAAAAUUGACCAACUACUACUACCGAUCAACUACAGAAUAAAAAGCUUUCAAUGAUUCUCUUUAGCUUACAGGAUGUUUAAUGUGAAGUUAUUGUUACAAGUGUAAUUUCUAAGAAGUCCUCUCUAUGUGAAUCUACUUAUCUGUAUUUACAUGAAUGUGUCUAAGGAGCAGCACCCUGCUGGUUCAUUGUAUUCACGCUCUGCUAUUGAGGUAAAAAAUGCUCUGAAACUGAGUGUUUUGGUACCAGAUGACAAAACCUUAACAUGAGAGAAAUACAGAGUGACAAUGACACAACAGCAAGUAGAUGAGAAUCUUCUCUGAAUAUUAACGGGCUUUUCUAGAUCACUACCAAAUUAAAUAUUGCGUAAAUUGAAAAUCCUGCCUGACUGUGACCAGUCCUCUCUAAAACUAUUGCAGCCAAACUAAUAGAUGCUUUUCUCAAAUGCAGAACUGACUACUGUAAUGUUCUCCUGCCUGGUCUCCCUAAAAUGAUAAUUCUUCUACUUCAAAACUCGGCAGCACAAGUUUUAAGACCAGAAGGUCUGUUUUAGUAUUGAU